CAGGGUCUGGGGGAAAUCACGUUUAACUAAACGCAGUCCUUUCCAUCAGCCAACUUACAGAACGCAGGUUGGUUUGUGUGUAGACUGCCUGUCUUUGAAUCCCAACUCUGCCACUCAAUUAGCUGUGUAAAGUGGAUGAAAUCACUUCUUUGUGCUUUGUGUGCUCACCUGUGAAAUGAUGAUAAAAGUGCUUUGUUCAUUGGGCUGUUAGGAGCAUUAAUUUAGUAUACAUACAGCACAACAGUGUCUGGCAAAUGAAUAGUGAAUAUUAUUGUUAGCUGCCAGUCACUAUUCUAAGCUUUCGGAUGGGCUCUGCCCUUUUUGGUACUUAUGUUUCAGUGGGAAAUAUUUAUUAAUCACUUAUUUUGGGUAUUUAACCUUAGUUUCAUAACUAUUGAUGUUGAAUGAGUCAUGUUCUCUAUAUAUUUGACCAUGUUUUUUUAUUCCUGUAUUUAGUUAUAAAUCAAGAGUUGAGAAUCCAAUGGCAUGGCUUUAAUUACCUUGCGGAGGAACCUGUGUCACUUAUCUGAUUUUCGGAUACAUGGAGCUCUGGCUGCUCUGAAACAUCAACCUGUAAAUCAUGUUCACAAGGCAGUCAAGGAGCAUCUGUGCCCAUGGUUCUGCUCGCUACAACCUGGGCCUUUCAGGGUCAGGUUCCAUCAUGCCUAUUGUAAAAAGUUCCAUUCAGAAAAUGGAAAUGACCUUCAUCCAGUUGGUGAGCCAGUGUUCUCUCAAGUACAUGACUGGGACAGUUUUGAACAAAAUCUCAAAACGAUGGACGAACAGAUGUUUUACAGGAGACUGAACAACUUUACUUCAUCGGAAGAAGUGCUAAGUUUUAUAAGCACACUGCAAUCUUUGCCUGAUACUAUGGCAGCAGGAGCCUUACAAAGGAUUUGUGAAGUGGGAAAAAGGGAUGGUGAUCAAAGGCUGCCAAAGGAAAUACUAGAGAAUCCCGUCUUUCAAGCUUUAUGUGUUCAGUUUGAACAGGAACCCUCAAAUCUGUCGAACACCAGUUUGGUGACUGCUUUGCAAGCCCUGACUCUGUUGCCUGUGGAUCCCCAAAGUGGCUUGUUACUGAAUCUGGUAGCAGAAUGCCAACAGCGUCUCAGAAGGGGUAGCCUGGAAGUCCACAGUCUUUGUGUUCUUGCAGAAAGUCUGCUUAAACUACAAGGUCCAGAGUGUAAGACACUAGACCUGAUUAUACAUCAACUGCAAGGUGAAAAGUUGGAAGAAUUUACCCCUGAGGAUAUUGUGGCCCUUUAUAGAAUACUGCAGACAUGUACUGAAAAAGUGGACCAACACCAGACAUUUCUAAAUAAGAUUAACAGCUUUUCUCUGUCAAUAGUUUCCAGCCUGAGUCCUAAAUUGAUAAGCCAAGUGCUCACUGCCCUAGUGGUUCUCGAUCAAACUCAGGCACUUCCUCUGGUUAUAAAAUUGGGUAAAUAUGCUGUGAGGCAUAUCCCUAAUUUCACUAAUGAAGAACUCGGGAAAGUCUUAGAUGCUUUCAUAUACUUUGGGCACCAUGACAGAUUUUUUAUAAAAGCCCUAGAGCAGCAUGUAGUGUCACUGUGUCUCUCUUUGGACCCUGAGGUUGUCAGCAAAGUCAUGGGGUACUGCGGGAGUAAACAGAUCCUUUCCAAACCGAUCCUAAAUGCAGUGGCAGAAGCUUUUGUUUGCCAUUCAGAAAAAUUUUCACCCAGUCAGAUUUCUGAGUUGAUCGAACCGUUUGGAAAACUCAAUUAUUUACCACCAAAUGCCUCUGCUUUAUUUAGAAAGCUAGAAGAUAUAUUAUUCACUCAUUUCAGUUCUUUUCCUCCAAAAACACUAUUGAAACUUCUCCAUUCGUGUUCACUGAUUGAAUGCCAUCCAGUCAACUUUAUGGCAAAAAUAUUCAGCCCUUAUUUUCUUCAACAGCUGCAAGGUGAGGAAUCUCAUUUGGACAGACUGAGCCUAGCACAACUGACCCAGCUUAUGUUAACCUCGCUCCUGGAGUGCCCUUUCUAUAAGGGUCCAAGACGUCUUCCUAAAUAUCAAGUGAAAUCAUUCCUUACGCCAUGCUGUUCCCUGGAGACACCUGUGGAUUUUCAGCUCUAUAAAUCUGUGAUGAUGGGACUAAUUGACCUUUUAGGAGCAAGAGUGUACUUUGCUUCAAAAGUAUUAACACCCUACUAUUACACAAUAGCCUUCAGCCAGUUGGUAAAUGCAGUGUGGAAGAAUUCAGAAUGGAACGAGGAGGAAAGGAAGAUAGUGUUUGUGGGGUUAUCACACGAAGAAUUUUUCCUUUCUUCUCUCACCAGAUGUUGAAAUUAAAUUAGAUGAAGAAGGAUUUGUAUUACCAUCUACAUUUGAUGAAGACGUACAUAAAAG